AGGCUAACAGGCAAAAAAAGCCAUGUUGUUGUACCUUAUGGUUGUAUUGUUACAUUGGUCAAUGUAGUUAUGUGGUUUAUUUCAAUUGGGGAACCUAAGUAACUGUAUUUAAGUUUUGUCAUUUUGAUUAUACAUUAUAGUAUAUACUUUUAUCAACAUCCUUAAAAUUCACCAAUGCAGCUUCACCCCUGCUCAUAAUACAAACCCGUUAAGGUCAGGUUAGAACUUAGACGUGCGUUAACUCUUUUUUCUUGGCUAUAUAAUUUGGAAGGUAUAGUGUUAUGGUUCCAAUAAUUUUGAGCCACAAACUAUGUUUAACAUAAAAGGGGUGUUAUCUAUCUGCAAUGGGCAAUUGCAUAUAGGUAGAUUUUUCUUUUUGGAGGUAAGAGCAUAUUGAAUGUAUGUGUGCACGUAUAGGUCUCUAGAUUGAUGUGGCUCAGUCAUUACUGGGCUACAAGAAUAUAUUUGUAUCCCUAAUUUUGUAAUACUUUGUUGGUCAUCUUUGUAUUUUAUCUAUUUUACCUAGAAUAAUAAGCACAACUAUGAUGUAUGGUUCUCAAAUUGAGAGUUGGUGAAAAUUUGAAACAUAAGCACAAGACAAUCAUCAGAAGGGCUGCAACUGGCAAGCAUUUCCAAACCUAAAAAUAGAGAGUCAGAUAACCAAAUUGGAGCGGCACAGAAAUUGCAGCUUACAGAGAAGCAUACGUAAUAGUAUUUAUUAGUGUUAUGGAUCGCAAAGAUAACCAAUCUCCUCAAGGUUUUAACUUUAUUACUUCCUUUUCUCUUAUACCUUUUUUCCUUUUAAAUUGAAAAAAAGAAAAAAGAAAAAAGAAACUGAGUGUGAGUGCAAAUUAAUGGCAAGUGCAACAGCUCGGAUUUUGGUUGAUUUCUUGGUAGUGGCGAUCACUUCUAUUGUUUUCCUCAAAUGGGUUUACCCUUCUGGUUAGUUCCUCUUUAAACCCUUCUGUGCGUGUGUGUGUUUGGUUGCCUAUAAAAUUUAUAGGCAUCAAAACAGGGGGAAAAGAAAGAAAAGACGAAGUGCAUUUCUGAUAUUGUGUUAUCUAUAUAUACCUACUUGAUGAAUGGGUGAUGGUGAAUUUGUGGGUGAAAGGUGCAUUUGAGAGGAGGAGGAGGUAUAUGAAUUUGAUGGUUCAGAGGGCUCGCCACCCUCGGCUCAGAGAUUAUAUACAUUCUGUUGUCUUUGGUCUUCUUCCUAUUAUCCAAAAGGGAAUGGUGGAGAGAGCAGCAGUUAUUUUUUUCAACACUGACGGAAUCCCAGUGGAGCGUUUUGUUUUCAAGCUUGCAGUGAAUCUGUCAUAUGGCUCAAAGGUUGAAGAAGCUGACCUGGAGUUCUCUCUUAGAUCAUUCUUAAUCAAGCUUUCGGUCUCAGAAUCUCUUACUAAGGUUCUUCCCCGCAACUACAGGUGGGAGAUAACUGCUUACUUUCGAUCCCUUCCAGAAGCUAGUGCAAACAAGGAUGUGGAGCAGUGGAUCCCAACGGACACAAGGCAGUGGGGGCAACCUCCCCUCCUGACCCCUAUUAAGUCAAUGAGUAGCGAACCUCUCUGUGUACAGUUAUAUAUAGAACAUCCAAGUUUAUCUGAACCAAAGCCUUAAAAUGGGGAAGUAUAACAACACUGUAUAUAUGCGUAUAUGUACCUUUAGGCAGGUACUUACAUUUUUAUUUUUUUCAAUAUGAUUUAGAAGUAUGCUCUGAUAUAGCGCAAAAAAUUAUAAAGGCUGUCCUCGUAAAUCUGCUGCCAAAAAAGUAACCUUAUUCUACAUUUAGCAUAUAUUUAGUUUACAAACCACAAUGAUUUAGUGCUUA